AGGGAGAGAGAGAGAGAGAGAAUCAAGUGUGUCAGACCGGGAGCAGCACGCUGUUUGACAGAAGCUGGGUAUUGUUUUCAAAGGAUUGCGACAUGUUCGAGUAUUUUCAUAUUUAGGGAUGUGUAGUCUGCAGUUGUUCAUAUUUCAGUCAUCUACAGCUCAGCCUUCUUUUUCACAGGUAACCAAAUGAGGAAACCUCUCUGUUUCCUGCUCAGCUCGCCUCAGUCGAUCAUCUCUGGACUCAGCAUCACACAAAAAGAGCAAAAGGCUGCGAACACGCAUCAUGGUCGCCGGUGAGCUCGUGCAGGAGCAUCUGCGCGCGGGUACCGGCGCACCUGACGACAUCACGGUCGGCAGGAAGGAGCCGGAGGACGAGGAACGGCACGCGGAGCGGCCACACGGAGCGGCGCACGCGGGCGGGGCCGGGGAGACAGGCUCAAAGCGCGCGCAGGAGCUGGAGGAGGACAAGGAGGCUCCGCCUGAUGAAAGAGAGGUGAUGCUACCCAACGGAGGAGGAGGAGGAGAAGGCGAGGCGGAGGAGGAGGAAGAGAAAAGGCUGGAGACCAGGGUGUACGCCCGCCGGUUCGCCGUGCUGGCCGUUUUCAGCCUGUACUCCCUCGUGAACGCCUUCCAGUGGAUCCAGUACAGCAUUAUCACCAACGUGUUCACGCAGUACUACGGGGUGACCAACGACAAGGUGGACUGGCUCUCCAUCGUCUACAUGGUGGCCUACGUGCCGCUCAUCUUCCCCGCCACCUGGCUGCUGGACCGAAAGGGUCUGCGCUUAACGGCCCUGCUGGGCGCCGGCCUCAACUGCGCCGGCGCCUGGCUGAAAUGCGCGAGCGUGAACCCCCAGCUGUUCGCAGUCACCGUCACCGCGCAGGUCAUCUGCUCCGUGGCGCAGGUGUUCAUCCUCGGCCUGCCUUCCCGCGUGGCCUCGGUGUGGUUCGGACCCCGAGAGGUUUCCACCGCGUGCGCCACGGCAGUACUCGGAAACCAGUUGGGGACAGCCAUUGGCUUCUUGUUGCCUCCUGUUUUGGUUCCUAACACCCCUGAUAAUGUUGAACUCACAGGUCACAACAUCAUGAUUAUGUUCUACGGUACAGCUGCCGUCUCCACGGUCCUCUUCGUCCUGGCAGUGAUAGUCAUAAAAGACAGACCUCCUCUCCCUCCCAGUCAAGCACAGGCUGUCUUACCAGACUCCCCUCCUGAAGAUUACUCCUACAAACAGUCCAUCCUCAACCUGGUGAAGAAUAAAGCCUUUGUCCUGCUCCUCAUCACCUAUGGUAUAAUGACUGGCUCCUUCUACUCUGUCUCAACACUUCUCAACCAGAUGAUCAUGGCCUGCUAUGAGAACCAGGAGUUGAAUGCUGGGAGAAUCGGUUUGACUUUGGUUGUUGCCGGGAUGGUCGGAUCCAUCCUCUGUGGCCUUUGGCUGGACCGCACAAAGUUGUACAAAAUCACAACACUGAUCGUGUACAUCCUGUCGUUUGUGGGCAUGUUGGUCUUCACCUUCACGCUGAACCUCAACAACAUCCACUUGGUCUUUGUCACUGCUGGAGUCCUGGGGUUCUUCAUGACAGGUUACUUGCCCCUGGGCUUUGAGUUUGGAGUGGAGAUCACCUACCCUGAGUCUGAGGGAACAUCAUCAGGACUCCUCAAUGCCUUUGCUCAGAUAUUUGGGAUUAUUUUCACUCUGAUUCAGGGAAAACUGACCACAGACCAUAAUCCACUGGCUGGAAAUCUCUUUCUCUGUGCCUGGAUCUUCCUGGGAAUAAUUCUUACAGCCUUAAUCAAGUCAGAACUGAAAAGACACAAUGUGAACAUGGGAGCAGAUGCCAAUCACCUGCAAGCGCUUACUACUGAUUGUCCCGGAGACUUCCCUUCAGAAAAGAAAUCCAACGGAGUCAAGAUGGAGCCCUCAGUCAGCUUCUCUCGUGAAACCUCACUGUGACCUGCCAAGUCACCCAAUCACAAACAAGUGAGACUAUCUCCCUGCUCACCUGGGAAACAAGUUGGCAUCAAAUACCUACAGCAGUACCUGCUUUUUGUUGCCAAGCCUAAUCUCCUCUUUAACAAUCGGAAAGUUGAAGGCGCUGGGCGUGAGCCAGGUCUAAUUAAACACAGCCACAAUCUACAGGUGAUUUAGGACAGGUGUCUCAUGGAUGGGAUUGGUUAAUGUUGUAACCAAGCUGCCUGACUCCUUUCAAAGCUCCUGGAAAGAUUGUUGUAGACUGACAUGCAGAAGACACUCCACUGCACUUUACUUAGCUGUAAGUAAAGGAUGGCACUCUAAGCUGGUUAGUGAAGGAAAACUGACUGGUUAACCCCCCCCCAGUUCCCAGACGACUAUGACACUGGUUCCUGUAAGGGGAAGCGAACAGAGCAAUCCUGUUCAGUUUUAUACUGUCACAGAUGUUAGGCCACCAUUUCCUGAGUUUACUUGAAUUAUUCUUUGAUGCUCUACUCUAGAUGUGAAUCUCACUGUAAAUAUCUAUUACAUUUUUUUUACAUGGCAGUAAUCAAAAAGGUACUUUGACUCAGAUUACCUCCUGGAAUCUGUUUCAAACCUGCUUCAACAAAGAAUACAGAACAUGUUUACUGUUUUCUAAAAAGCAGCAUGAAUUUCAAUAGACUGUAUAUAAAGGAUGGAUGUAGGCACUGUGACAUCACCAACCCACAUUUUGAAACCUCAGCAUUAGCAAUUUAGCAGCUGCCACAUCAUGUUUCUUUUAGAGUCAGAAGUGACCAUAUUUAGAUGAGAGGGUGGGGUGCUAGCUAGGGCUCAGCUAACUUUCGUUAGCAAGCUGCAUCCAUAAAGUGCACAGGUCCACAAACACUGAUCCUAAAUAGUUCCAAGUAAAAGACUUCAAAUUAUGAAAAUAAUAAUGAAUAUUUAAGCUUCACAGACAGCUUGGAUGGGCUUUACCACACAGACAGCCAAAAGUCUUUCAAAAAGCAUCGGCACAACGGAGACGUCAAUUUAGGGAAGUUGGUUUAAAAGAUUCAGUUCAAUGAAAUUUUAUUUAUACAGCACCUCAAGGCACUUUAUCUUCUAAGGUAGACCCUAAAAUAAUGCAUACAAAGCGAAACCCAACAAUCAUAUGACCCUCUAUGAGCAAGCACUUUGGUGACAGUGGGAAGGAAAAACUCCCUUUUAACAGGAAGAAACCUCCAGCAGAACCAGGCUCAGGGAGGGGCGGCCAUCUGCUGUGACCGGUUGAGGAGAGAGAAGGAAGACAGGAUAAAAAGCAUGUUGUGGAAGCGAGCCAGAGAUUAAUAACUAGUAUGAUUCAAUGCAGAGAAGUCUAUUUACACAUAGUGAGUAAGAAAUGUGACUGAAGAAGAAACACUCAAUCAUGGGAAUCCCCCAGCAGCCUAUGCCUAUUGCAGCAUAACUAAGGGGAGGAUUCAGGGUCAUCUGAUCCAGCCCUAACUAUAUGCUUUAGCAAAAAGGAAACUUUUAAGCCUAAUCUUAAAAAGUAGAGAUAGUGCCUGUCUCCUGAAUCCAAACUAGAAGCUGGUUCCAUAGACGAGGGGCUUAGCAGAAAGCUACUUGCCCGUGUGGCACACCUGUGAAUUAAAGGAACCACACCCUCACUUUAAGCCUUUAACUUUAUCCAGAUGGAUGGGUUAUAGCUAAAAAGGAAACUCAGCUCUAGUUUAGUUGUCAUGGUGGGAGAAAUUAGCUUCGCCCCAACUGUUUCUUGCAAAUAUGUUAUUUUCAUGUCAUUGGGUGUUUCAACAUGGGCGUCUCUGGGAAAUGACUCAUUUUUGGAGCCAACGGCAAGUGGCCAAUUGAGGAAUUGCACUUCUAUGCUAGAUGAUGUCUAAAAAUCACCAUGAAGACCUCAUUGCUUUUAACUGUAGUUUCUUUUUACCACAGCAUUAUGUAUAGAUGUGUGCUGUUUUGCUGGACACAUUUAAAGCUGGAGCGACAUUUCAUGGUGACUGAAUGCACCUACUUGCUACGUCCAAAAAAAUCCAUUCAAUAGUUAAGGAAAUUAAUAAUCCCUGAGCAUUUUAACUUCUUCCUUCUGUUUACACACAAAAAUAGUGUAGGAUCAAAACACUUGAUCUUAGAAGCUCUUUUUAUAAAGACACACACAGUCAUAUCCUAAUGUGAACACAUCCAGUCACAAAGAGCAAAUAGUUUAGUUAUCAUUUGGAGGGAAGGCGAAAGCUGAUGACUGUAACUCGGCAGUAAUAUUGCUCAAUAAAACAGAUUGUGCAAAUCAUAAAUAUGUGACAAGCCGAAUGUGCUGCAGUGUUUUCCAAAUUUGGACCAAACAGAAUGUAAAGAUUUUCUGAGUUCAGCGCACAAUUUUAAACACAGGCACAACUUUAGGCCUUUUUCUGACAUACUUGAUUUCAGAUGAGUUUAACUCUAUCGGUUAUGUCUGCAUGUCACGGCUGGUCGAGCUGCUGUUUGUGGGACGAGGAAAGCAGAGUGGACAGGAGAAGCACAAAAGUUUGACAUAUGAAUAUUCUCAGUUUAAUAUUCCUACUGUAUCCAUAAAAGUUUUUUUCCUUUUAAAGUCUUGCGUAAACGCAGAUACUUCGGUCUUAGCUGACACGUAGCCUUGUUUCAUGUUUGUGUCCAUGCUCAUAAACCAUGUAAGAAACAUUUGUUUUCACUUAUUUUGACCUCAUAAGUCCUGGUCUAUAAUGUGAACUGCAUGAAGUCAGACUUUGAUUCUAUGUUUACUUAAAAACUGUAGAUUAGAAUAAAUAACAGACAAUUACAAAUCUACUAAAUAUGAUGCAACAAAGCACAACAAGUCCUACGCACCAGGUGGCCUCUUCAGUAGAUGUGCCGCACUUGUCAACCUUAGGGCUAAUUUGUUAUGGCCUACUCCUCAUACUUGAUGGGUAGGAGGGCUUAAAAAAUCUGGCUCACCAUCAUAGACUUUUAACUGUCCAUUCUUUUGUUCUUUUAAUUCAGCUUAAAACUGAAAAGAUGUAGAAAGAGAGCGUUUGUUUUUCUCCUCUGUGCAAGAUUUUUUGGUAUAAACAUUUUUAUUUUUCUGCUUUCUGCUGCAAUCUCACCAACUCUUCACUCCAAGAGGAUUCAUGUCAGUUUACAGGUUCUCUUUGUUUUUUUGGAAUGUGUAAGUAAAUAAAUAUUGAUUGGCAAUUAGAUAUUGAUACAACAACCUGAAACAUUUUACUUUUUUAUACCCUACCUUUACGGUGGUAGGGUAUUUUUCCAAACAACUGUUAAAGCCUCCGUUAAACCUUUUUGUAGUUGAAAAAAAAAAAGAUCUGGUUAUACUUUUUUUAUCUUUAAAAUACUUUAUGUGUAAAACCUUUAGGAAUAUUUCAUGCAUUUUUCCUGUUUUCUGGCUUAUUGUUAAUCAAGAUUUGUUUUUUGUUUUUACUUUUUCUGACUCACUGAUAUUUGUCACUUUUAUAAAUUACUAAAAGGUUUUAUCUGGAAUAUAAUUUUAUUUAUUUAUUUUCAGUCUAUUGAUUUUCCUGUGAGUACGUUACAGAAAACAGCACUUAACAAUUACAAUGAUGAGGUGGUGAAUAACAUGGCCUCGUAGUCUGAAAAGACUUCAGCCUGUGGGGCAAAAGCUGUAAAAAUAUUUCAUAUUUUGUCAGCCAUAUUUUACACUGUCUACAUCCAGUUUUGAACAUUUCUUCAUAUAAUAGAAAUAAAUUAUGUGAAAUCAGUAAAGCAUUAUAUGCUUCCUUUGUCUUGGGUAUCCUGUUUGCAUUAACUGGGUCACUGGAUUUAGUGGCUAUUUUAUAUCACCAUUAGAAUCUGUUUUUAUGCAGCAGAUGUUUUUUAUGCUUUUGCAUGAUUGACAGUUUCUGUUUUCUGACAUGUAAAAAUCAAGUAGUUGAGGGUAGUUUACGACUUUGUUCUCCCACACAAGUCUAAUCUUUAAAGGCUAAAUAGACCAAAACAAGGUGCUGUACAUCGCACUGCAUUGAGCCCGUAGCUCACUGGUAUUCUCUCAAAUGGUCAGCCAAAAGUUAAAAAUAAAGAAAACUGGUUAAAAAUUUAAAUUUUUGCAAAUGUGGAGGACUAUUUUUAUCUGUGGAUGGAUACAAGAGAUGUACAUAAAACUUUUAACUGGAUGUAUUUUUUCUUGUUUUGGGUCUUUGUAGAGAAUUUUGUUUUGACUGUAACAAAAACAUGAAUAAUGUCACUUACCUGUGAAACCAGGAUGUAUAUUGUAAAUCUCAAUGCCAAUUAUUGUUGAAUAUUUUCAAAGAAAUAGCACAGUAGCCGAAAGUAGCUUUUAUUUUCAGAGAACGUGUUAUCCGGACAAGUGAAACUUAAAAUUGGAAACACCAAGAAAAUAUCUUGUUUUUCUUCACUGUCAAUAAAAGCAUUUUACUGUAACAUA